GUAGUUUUUCUCUGGAAAGGAUCGAUCUGAGAUAGUAGCUGUUAUCGAUCAUAUAUGAUUUAGGGCUGGACGGUACCCCCCCUCCCCCCCCUGUGGUCUGGUCUGUGGUGGCGCGCGCGCGCGCUUUUCCGCGCGCAUUUCGGCGCGGAAUCUAGUGGGGGAAGGCGUCCAAACUUGGCGCGGGUCUCCCCUUGGGCCUCUCAUCCGGGUCCUCCGGGACCUCCUGGCCUUUGCUGACCCUCGCAGGCGGGAGGCCUCCGGGGUAAAAGGCCGCCGAGGGCGGCCACGGUCGCAAGAGCAAGCAAGCCAAUGACCAAGGGCCCGGAGGGAACAAGCUGCACGGCUCAGGGCGUCCAGCCCCUCGGCUUUUGCCGCCUUCAGAGGCCUGCCGCCUCCUUAUGUUGGAGGCCUCUAGGGAGAGCCAAGCACCUGGAAGGGAGCGAAGGCGCCCACUUGGCCCCCUUUUGAGGCCUUCCACCCCUGGCAGGCGCCUCUCAAAGGGGUCCGGGGCUGCCGGUACCCCCCCACGCGCCCUGGAUCAUAUAUAUAAUCACAAGAUUUCUUCAUAAUCAAGUUUCCUGCACUGAUUAUCCAGCAGUGUUAUUGUGCGUUACCUCUAUAAUGAAGAUCGCCAGGAACGCCCUACCUCAUGCGUAGAAAAGGAGCGCAAUAAAAGGGGGGGAGUGAAGUUGGCCCACCUGUCGAACACGCAAAUUAUUAUAUUACCGACACUUCGCCAGCUUCCUUGGUUAUGCUAGACCUGCGGCACUUCACAUUUUUACGAAACAUCACGAAGCAGACACUUUUUGAAGAUCGCUAUUGAGUAUACUUAUACCAGACGCGUAGGCAUUCGCUCGUUGUAAGAUUCAUCUGCUUCCGGAAGAUGUGAGUACGCUACUAGAUGACUUACAACCUCUUUGGCCACUCAUUGUAGUCAAGUUCAAGAUGUUAGAGGAUUUCCGUGGCUACUAGAUGAUUGACAUUGUAGUACAAAUUCCCGCGCUUCUGAGUUCUCCGCUACAGGGCUUACUUAAAUCAUUGCGAUUCGUGUUCGAGACUUGCGGUCUCUACUGAUCUGCUGACGCUGCACCCGAUCCGAAUGAAUGAGCUCGAAUUCCUGUAGAGGUUCUUACUUGAUAAAGAGGCCUCGUGGGACUGGGAGGCGUGGAAUUUGAAUAGCGUCAAAAUAUAGCGGGACUCUCUGACCGUCUGAGCUGCAUUGCCGGGACCAUGCAUCUCAUGACACUUCCAAAGGAGGAGCUCGGUGCGACCACUUGGGCCCGCUCUUUGGUUGGAGUAUGUAAGCCCGCCGGUUUCUGUUUUUCUUCUUGGUUAAUUUUUGCCGAUUGCGGAAGCGGACGAGCGCGGUUAUAGGUCCGAGAUGGGUCGCGGGAUGGAGCUGGAGGACCAGGCGAAGGGCGUGCGUCGAUAUUGCAAAAUCGGUUCGAGUGGAAGCCAGUAUCCGCAACCGGGGAACGGCGAUGGAACUGGCGGGACAAAAGUGCAGGAGCCAAGGCGGCGAAAGUGUAGGAGCCACGGCGCAAGUGCUGCCAUCUCCUAGUACUAGACUCACUAGAUUUCGUUGGUAGUGACUCACUAGGAGUGCGACUAGAUUCAAGGGGAAUCUAUUACGGCUCUCGGAGGGCAGCUGAGCCCUGGGCCCAAAUUGCAACGCUCUUCGUUGUGAUUAUUCUGCAGGCACAAGAUCAUAAAGGUAAAGAUCGCCAACCCGUGACGAAUCAGCACGAGGAUCCUGAUCCAGUUCGAUCCAGUUCGAUCCUCGUCCUUGGUUCUGAUUUCAAUCAACUCGCUCGGCCUCGUUCCUCGUUCCUCCCAUGCAUAGAGAUCCCGACAACGUUCCACCAGAAUCAUGAGCACCAGAACCAUCAUCGCCACCAGCCUAGUAGUAGUCACCAUCUUCAUCAGUAUGCUAGUGGUAGCUGUGUCACCUUUCUCACCCGCAGGCUGGUAAUAGUGACGGACCCGAGUGAUUUCCCUGACUUGCAUGCGUGUGGUAGUGGUUUCAGUGUGGUCAGCUGGUCGGUAUCUCAGUCGGUGGACAUUGUUAACAUAUUCACCCAAGUAGAGCCACGAGCUUGGAAGUUCAGGGCGUAGCCCUUUACUUAGAGAGAGAGCGAGAGCGCAUUCUGUCGCUUAGAGUUGCGGGCGAAAAGUCUUUCUGCCCUUUGCAAAGAGAGAGGGAAGAGUAGAGAGCGCUUCUGUUUCGAAAAAGCGCGCUCCUUGUUUCCGCGUCGAGGACGCGGACGCCCUUGCUUCUUCUAGUACUGCUAGAGGAAGGCUUUACUGCUCCGCCUCCGUUUGCACGUGUUGCGCCAGCACUGCCACGCGUUCUUAUCUCAACAGAUUCCACCUCUAGCGACGGAGGACGCCAGCCCUCUGAACUGCGGCGCCUCCUGCCGAUUCCUGGAGAACAAGGCCGGGAAUCCGUUGAGGAUGCAAGAGCGGCCUCAACAUCCUGCCCACGAGGAACCUGGACCGGUGUAGUUAGCUCCUGCUUGCGGCGACGGCUUGUUCUUGUGCCUAGUGAGGCUCUGACGACUCUUGUUGCAGCGGGGACGACUGUAGGGGGGCAGAAUGCCCUCGAUUAUUUAGGCAGCCUUGUAGUUUUUGGGGGACCUCCUCGGCCUUCUGGUUCAUCUUCGCCUCUAGCUAUGAAGAACUUGGAAAACCGGGGAAAGCGGACGCUGAUAAAGCAAGGCGGACAGGGACGCGCUGGCCAUUACGGUACUGCGCGAGGUACUCGCGUGGCUUCUGCCUACUUCAGUGCUCGCCUUCGUGGAGGAUAGAGCGGCAAAAUUAGAGACGCUGGCGACGCGACCGCUAGGUCCAGGCAGUCUCGCCCUACAACUAUCGAAAACACUGCUGGAACGAACUCCGGCGGUAUCGAACAGAAAUUCGAAACACCUCAGAGCCCUUCACCCACAUGCCUCAGCGCGUGACUUUGUAAAACAGAUAAUCGCCUGCGGGCUGCAACGUGGGCGGGGGCAGACUUCAAGACGCGAGAGCGCAAGCAUGCGACGCGGUGGACUUUUUUCCUUGAUGGGUCGGCCUCCGUCUUCAUCGGAGUCGGCACAAGAGCCGAGUGCUUGCCUAAUGCACUUCGCAAAAUAGUCGGGCUAUUGAGACCGUUGCUCUUCAAAAAAGAAGACCCCAGCAACUUGCAGCGCGCGACUACUCUUGGCCCUCAUUGUAUGCCAAGCCGCUGCCAGACUUGAAUAGCGUGCAAUCGAGGGCCGUGACACUGCGGGCGCGCAGAAGACUACUGACGCAUGUUGUGGCAACAUUUGAGAGCGAAGGCAGCUGUGGCCUUCCAGAUGCAGUGGCGCGUAACGGAGUGUGCAAAGCUGACCCAGUCGCCUAUGUUACCUUGCCACGGACCCGGAUAGGGCCACCGUCCUCGCCUUCAAGGCCUCCCUCGGUGAUGACGGAACCGCGAGAAUUCUUAGACAUGUCAACCGCUUUACUCUUGCCCCUGCCUACGAAGUCGGGGUGAAGAGCAUAAAUUUCUACGACCGCUGGAGAAUCUGUCUGGAUUACUCCGAGGAAGCGAGCGCCUUGAUGGUGAAUGAUGUAGAUUUAGAUGCUGGCCAAAUGAUGAACACGAACCAGCAGGAGCUUCGUCAAGAGAUACCAGCAAGGCUCGAGUCAUGGCUUACUCCUGCAGAGUGAGAGCCCAAAACUUCUCAGCGAACAGGUCGCGCAUGCCUUUGCUGAACAAGGUCCGGCCAGGCGACCUUCUGAGCUGCCUGAUUCCAGCAGAACAGAAGCGCGGCGUCUGUCGUCCCCUGCUAGGCAGUUGCCUGGGACAUUGCUGGAGUCUAAUAAUCUAGCACACGGACGAAGAGACUAAAGGCCCUUCCUCGAUAGACUACAGCAGUGGCGUCAGCGCUGUUCUUGCGGCAAAGAAGUCAACAAAGUCCGGGCGACGGCGUCAGGCUGAGAAGACAAAAAAGCCUGAGCAAGCGGCACCAAGUGGAGGCUGGCCAUUUUUCUACAUCCAGGAUUUUGACGCUGACCAGUGCAGCACUCCCGUGGUGUCGAGUGCUGACUUUGGAAGCACCGGCGUGGGGUCCACAGCUGAACGAUACUCCGCUGAUGCUACCAAACGCGCAGACUGGCUGCCAGAACUAGUCGAAGGAAGCAAGGAUAGCGAAAACCUUGCAGCCGACUUGUCAAGUAAAACUGGCGCAAGAAGGAGCACAAGAGACGUCGCCGGUCCGAGGACAAAAGGGAGUCUAUCAAUCUUCUUGCCGGGGAAAUCAUUGACGGGAAAAGUAGAAGACUGACAAGCAAAAAGAAAGAAUCACGACGAUGCAGAAUUUUGGCGAAGAUCUAGAGGGUAGGCCUGUAGCUCUAGCUGUGUCGUUUCCACUGAAAUCGCAGCAGGCGGCUACUUUAGAUUCAGUGGACCCGCUUGCGGGAGAUAUCACGGAAGUGAUAGCGAACUGCCCAUGGAGCGCUCUAGUCGGUAUCAGCGAUCCAAGAGGAGCGCCUCCCCUAUCGUCAGCGGAGAAGUUGGAGGCAUUGGUCGGGGCUGAGAAUUUCGAACAUUUCAAGCCGAUUGCACCAUGUGGAAGCUGGUGCUUGACGGCCUCGCCAUGCAUGUGAAUGCGUCGGAAACAAUACACACAGUGCCACUACUCUAUCAUAGGGCAUGGCUUUUGGAGAUCACUCAGGCCAGUGCGUGAGCGAUUCAAUUUCUCAGCUUUGCUGAGGAGAUCGGCGAUGGUGUGUCUGUAUUCGACGCCGAUGGUUUUACUUGAUGGCAUGCAAAAACGCCGCAGGCAGCCGCCCCCGCGUGAACUCCAUGGGGAAGCGUGGGCUUUUGCUCCUUGCCGCCCACUUGCUAACUUUUCCACAUUCGGUCGAGUGCAGUCAGGGGCUGACAUGAAGGGCCUGCGCCUCGAUCUCGAAGUCUGACUGUCUGAGAAAACUACAUGGAGGGACCUGAUAGAGACAGAACCAGAAGGCAUAGACCUCCACAGACUACAACUCACAGCCCCAAGGUGCGCGUAGAUGAUAGAAUCGCAGCGCGUGACUUCUGACCGUCUGAAAAGCAACAACGUAAAGGCAGCCCUUUCGCCAAUGGUAGCAAAUAUUAUUGAUGGCUCUGGUAGUAAGUGCGUGCCUGGGGAUCGUAGGAGUUCCCCGGCGGUACUUCUCGCCCAUCGGAGGUCCCGCCUCUCGACGUCAGCCUCCCCCUAACUCAAGGCGUAGGGUAGAGCCCACGCAUCUAGUUUUUGUGUGUCAUCUGGUUCCUUUUUUAGCAUAGAAAACGACCGCGGCCACACCAUUGGGAAGCGAGGGGGGCUGCAGCUUCAUAAGUUGCGUGGACGUAGGGGCGCUGCGGUGAAGUUCGGCGUAUAUCCAUGGCCGUAGUUUGGUAGUAUCUGUCGGGUCGCGGAUUCCAUGAUAGACCCUAGGCAUAAGCCAUGGCGUAAAGAAUCCGCGGCAGACCUAUGGCUAUACAAGGCUGGCGCCAGUGUUGGCUUUGGGUAUUCUGCUGCGGCUUCUGUGUGAGAAUUUUUUUUAAGGUUCGCAGUAGCUAUAAAGUAGCGGGGGCCCUUCUCUCUGGUUGUGGGUUUAUUUGGUGAGCCGGUACCCCAUAGCGAAUACACCGGUGCACACAACCAGAGGGCUGAGCACUCACCGGAGGCGUUGCACAGGGUUCCGGCCUGCCUUUGAAGGUGAGGCCUAUGGGGUUGACAGGACGACGAUAGCGCCGGCGCUUAGUUAGUUUCAGCAGUUAGCUGGAUACUUUAGGACAUUUGUUGAUGCUUACUCUGUUCUCUUUCGUGUCUUCCUCUGGUCUUUCUUUUUUCUAGUUAGGUCGGCUCCACCACAAAAAUAAUCGCAGAGCCGCUUCACCAAGUCACGUCAUUAAGUCGCGCUUUAUAGCACAAAAAACAAAAAGCAGCGAAGAAGGGGGUGGUCGGUGAUCGAUAUGCUUCGGCACUCGCACUAUAUUACCGGAAAAAGGUGAGAGCUGUCCGACGACUGUGCUGGUUUUGGCGUAACUGUAAUGAGGAGGGGCAUUUGGGAACGCGAGUGGAGUGGGAUUCUUUUACUUUUCUGUUAAAGUAGUGAGUCGCACUCGUGCGCAGCAUGCAGCUGGGACCAGAUUGGUUGGCGGUCAACUGGUACAGGGUGGCAGUUUAUUACCUCUGCGCGUGUGUCAGUAUCUACAUACCUCCGCUGUUGGCGUACGUCUACACUCGGACUCGGCUCUGCUCAGGGGAAACAAAUCGGAGCGCGUGCAAUGUCAAACAGAUCCGAGCGCUUUCGCGUUUCUGUGGCUGAUGGAUCACGGUGAUCUGCCUCCGCUCCCUCCGCUAUGGCAAUAAAGCGCGACAGAAGUUAGAAGCUCGCCUGCUUGUGAGCUACACCAGCAUCGCCUGAGGGGUAGGCCCUGACUCAUAUCCAAAGCUAUUAGUGUUAACGGCUGCACUUUUAUCAUUAUGGCUUUUACGCUUAAAACUGGCCACAUUUGCAAGGCGGUCGGCGUCUUAUUGUAAAGACAAGCAUCGCCCGACGUGAGCGGAAGCGGCCUCGUUAUUUUUUUAGCUCUGCUGUUCUGAGGAUGAUUCUCCGCCAACGGAGCUACUUAGGUCUAGAGUCUACUCACGUCAGCCUUAUACUAAUGUGUCCUACUCUACUUCCUGCUCUCUUGUGGGUGCCUGUCUUGCAGCUUCGAGUGCGAGAGGUCAGAGACAGCAUGCCUCUCCUUAAUUGGGUCUACGAAUGUGCCGAAGUAAAUGGGUGGACGUGGGAGGAGAGCUGGAACCCGGAUGGUGGCAGGAGCGCCUGCCCUGGCGCAGCGACUGGGGUGAACAGAUUCAAUACUGGACCUGGAGACACACGCGCGCGACAGCAAUUCACUGGAUACGAUGACCCACGAGGUAACGGCGUAGCAUUUUGCUUGGCGUUGAUGCUUGUGAUGGAUGAAAGGAAAGGAAGGCAUUGGUCUAGUGCUCACUUCUCAACGUCACGCCGCUGAUCUACUCCAUCUAAAAGCAAAUGCUCGGGGUCACUUAUGCUACCUGCUCAAAAAAGUGCGCGCCUUCUUCUCUCUUCGUCUGGCUCUCAUCUAUCGCCGUUUCUCCAUCGUGGGCAACUCCACCGUCCCCGGCUUCUCAUCUCCUGCGUGUCAUGUCGUGGCAACCCGUACAGCAGAGACGUGACGCGUGGCGUGAGGAUGUGACAAGUUGCGCAACCCUAUGCGAAAUAUUUACGGACAUCAGGCUGCACACGGGCCGGGGGGCCUAUUGCUCCGCGGACACGUAGAAAAGGAAGAGGCAAAGGCACAGGCGGAGGCCGAGGUGGUGGACGAUAGAGCCCCUACUGAGAAUUAUGGCCGCCAGUAGUGUCCCUGCUCCAACAGCUUUCGACCGUUCUGGUAUUUCUCUCAUUCAUUGCGGGCUAAGGGCCGGGCGCUUUCCCCCUUCAUCGUGCUGCUUUGAGGCAAUAACGUACACUGCGUGUUAUCAGUACUAGGAGAGUGCCGCUCGUGGUUCUUGAUAUAAUGAAGAGCACGCUUAUGAGUAGAGUUAGAGCAUCUUUUGGAGUAUGCGUAUAGAGUGGAUAGUCCUUUGCCAGUGUGUCGCCAUCUGUUGGGCAUUUGGCUUCGCUUUGGUUUUCGCAUCUCACGCGUCCCACCCAGGGCCUUUCUGGUCUGUGGAGGCCCAUACUGAAAAACAUCAGCGAAGAUUUUCGCGCAGAAGGAGGGGGCGGUGGCUCGACGAAUUUCGGAUGUGGAGAGAGAAGCGGGGACGCGCUGAAGCGGCUGGAGCACGACUGCAGAGGCUUUCUGUGAAGGAAUUGAAGGCCUUAGGGAUGAAAGAAGAGGCCUCGGGGGCGCACAUCGUGACGCCGGUCGAGAGGGGCGAAUGGAUAGAGGUAGCCUGGAAGCUGCUCCGCUGUCGUGGGCAGUACUUCCUUGCGUGCCAGAAUUAGAAAAGUCCAGCAUCGUGGCCAUCACACAGAUGCCAAGGGAAUGCUAAGGGAAUUGUUUGAGUAGAAUGCUACGGCUUCAGUGUCAUGGUUUUUGGCAGCGUGCAGCCCUUCUCGUCUUGUCUCUAGUGAGUCGACACCCAUGAUUGGGGACAAGGAGCAACACAUAGGAAACCUGCCGCGGGCACCAUCUUCCUCCUCGGAAGAUGGGCCUCGUGUGCAGUAGUAGCCUUAGCGCGCGUAUUAGUCUAACUUAUAUUUUGAAUACGUAAGAAGUCCAGUCUUACCCUCUCACGGUCAGACACUUGUAGGAAAGUCAUCUUUUAGCGCCACCCUUAGGAGAAGGAACAGGCAAAAAAUGAGGGGGGCCUGUCGUAGUUCACAACAGUCAAGCAGACAGCGGCAGUUGAAACCCCGGAGCUCUGGGCCCAGACUGUGUUCUCAUUUGUUGGAGAAAGAGCGUCAACCUUUUGGCUUUCUUCGGUCUAUCUUACUUAAUACUUUUGGGUGCUGACCUUGACGGCGUACGCAAUGCGUUAGGGGGAUUUGCGCUCACGCUAUCGGAAGAACAUGCUGGGCGACUCGCUGGCGUCUUGAGGGAGGUGGGCGGAGCUGUGGCUCGGUAAUAUUGGAUCUUCGUCUUCCGCUAGGAGUAGGCUGCCCAUGAGUCUGACGCAAACUAUACCGGGCACGAAUUCAAUACAAACACUGCCAAGAGCACACUACGAAGCUGAUGAGAUAGGCGUAGGGAUGAACAAUGGCGAUGGCGAAGCUUUGGGCUUCCAGGCUAACCGACCGGAAUCCCCGUCGAGGACAAGAAAGCCGCAGUUUGUCUUUGCUACGUCUUGGCGUACUCGACUGGUGCGAAGGCUCUGGCUGUUUGAGUUCUUUCAUGAAAGAUCUCAGAUCUCUUUAUCCGCUUUGUGUGGCGAAACCGACAGCACCACGCUCGGCCGUCGACGCUUGGAGAUUCGGAAUUUCGUCGAAUUCCGAAAAUUUUGCAGGGGCUUCAUGGUGAUUGACGACAGGGGACCACUCGCGCAGCAUUUUAAUACUGAUAAAAGUCUGGCACUGACCGACGGACCACAAGGCUGCCCAGAACAAGACGCGGCGAAGCUGAGAAAGCUUCUCCCUCGCGGCACAGCAGAAGAGGAGCAAAAGAGUCACGCGCCUGGUUUCUCCAGGCUUCCAGAUCGCCGAGCUAAUUUUCCCGAAAUCCAUCCCAAGAACGAGCGGCAUCCCGUUGGAACGUACUCAAGGGCAAACGAACUAAAAACGCGACCGAUAAUGGGACGGCUAUGGAAUGAGGGCGACGAGGAUGCGAAGGACUGAGAUGGGCCAUCUCCUCGGAAAAAUUGCCGUGCGCUAAACCGCCAGAACUACGAGGACAAACCCAGCACCAGCAUCCAGGAGGAGGACAACAUCGAGCAGACGAGCGACUGGCGUGACCAUGGAGAGACCAGAGAAAGCGAGAAAAGCUGACGCAGGAAAGCUGGGCGGUACCAGCAGCCGCAGAGCGGGGUUGGAAGAACUAGAAAGCAAGGACUAGCAGCAGCAGUCUUGGAAACUCUUAGCACUGCAAGGGCACUAGUGGCUGCCGUGAAGUUGAACAGGCCGCCGCUAUGCUCAUGACGAUCCGACGCGCGUCGAUGUAGUCGUCGUGUAAGUUUUUUUAUUGAGGCUGGCUCUUUGUAUGGUGAAACACAUACGGAGCAGAGGCGAGACCCGCAGCGCCUGUCGCCUGGCUCCUCUGAUAUUGCCGACCUCAUCCCGAAAGAAGAGAGCGAACCCAAAGGGGCGCCCCGCCCUCGUGGUCAGUCGCUUCGGGUCGCGCGAUGAGUAAAGACCAUAGGCGGGACAGUGACAGAGGCGGGGCCGGGCCCAAGACUGUCGCCGGCUCAUGUAUCGGCCACGAGCCCACUGUGCUGGUCUCGGUAUUUCAUAUGUAGCGAAAAGAGUUUGAGUUUCUUUGUUGUCAACUUAUCAGCAGUUUUCUUCUACUUUUGCGAAGAAAGGCAAGUCCUUACUUGUUGUUGCGGUACCGAUGGAGGAGAAUACUGAGAAAAUUGAAAAAAGACGCUGGGCAGCUGUAUUGGCGUGGUUCUUGUUUUGUUCCUUCAUCUGCCGUCUUUGUCUACAUGCGUCGCCAUAUUCGUAAAAUAAAUAGCCAACGUCGGAGGUCCGUUUCUUUGGAGUCCGUCCCCAGGGUCAAAAGAAAUCGCCACUCUCGUGCAAAGCGGGCAGAUUUGUUCGGGAGUCACCAUCUGGGAUAGCGUAUGCGAUAUGUCGAAUCUUGUGCGUUAGUAUCAAACCGUGGCGAAGCGUCGGGUGAGUCUUUCUUUCUGCCUUGUCUGGUCGUGUCGUGGUAGUCGUCGCACGAGUGUUCGUUUGUUUCCAGAAAGGUUGUCCCUGUUGAUCGUGAGUUUGUUGACGAGGGGGAGACGAAGUAAUGUCUUUUGUUGUAGUACAACGAUCAGCGAGUGGUGGAGCGAGAUUGUUUUGUAGCAAGGUCAGAUCAAACAAGACGAGUGACGUACAUGGUAGGCACUCAUCUAAGUAGACGGUCGAGCAUCUUAGGAAAGGACUGACUAAUUGUUGACGAGUGUCAUCCUGCUACUCAUGACGACUUCCCAGGGCUCAAGAUACGAGCAAGGGAGCGGGAGGCUUUGAAGGUGGGUGAAACACAGGCACACUUUGUCGUGAGAGUAUAUUUAUACUGUUACUGCAUAAGUUGAAGCCGAUACUUGCGGC